AGUUCCUUCGUUUCAGGGCAAUGUCAUCUCAGUCAAAAACACAACAUUUUAUUUCAUAUCAACUCCAGAAACCAAACAUCUGAGUCGUUAUAAUGUGUCCACCGCUUGCAGCUAUCGAGAAAGACAACUCGACCAGUCCAGACAUUCCCAAAUGCAUUCCGGAUGAUGAGCUCUCCCAAGGCGCCUACACGCUGGCCCGAUCUCACCUACCCCCUCCUAUCCUGAAUCACAGUGUCCGCGUCUUUCUUCUUGCAGAUUGGGUAGCCCAACGCGAACAGUCAGAAUGGGCUAGUGCCGACAGGCGGAGUCUGCUCUGUGUUGCCUGCAUUCUGCAUGACAUUGGAUGCGCAAGGGAGUUUGACGGCCCACAGCGUUUCGAGGUCGAAGGCGCCGAUGCUGCUGCUGAUUAUCUUCGUCAACAUAAAACACCCGAUGCAGACGUACGCGAAAUCUGGCAGGCAAUAGCCCUGCAUACCAGUCCUGGAAUCGCAGAGCGUAUUAGUUCUCUUGCCCGUCUGGUGCGUCAAGCUGUCCUCACCGAUUUCGGUAAGGAGUUGGAUAAAGAAAGACACGGUGCUCGAUGCACUGCCGAGGAGCUAUUCCCAAGACUUGGUAUUGAGAAGCUCCUGGGGGAUACUGUCGUUGAUCAAGCACUGAGACAGCCUGAAAAAGCACCAGCGGCAUCCUGGCCGGGAAUCCUCCUGCGAGCAAAGAGGGAAUUUCCAGAAUGGGAUGGAGUCAACAAGGCAUUUUGAGAGAGAUCGAUUUAUCUUCAAAUCACAAUAAGCUUCAGAUAGGAAGAUAGCCACAUGUGAAUUCUAGGCUAGUCUUAUCAUCCAGUGGGAGAUAUCUUGAUAUCAUAUGAUAUCUAACUACUGCAGAAAGGAAGGGAUUAUGAUCUCAGAUACAUUUUGUCUACUAUUCAUCAAGAUAUUAAUAUUAUGGGAUGUGUGUUAUGUUCGCAAUGGGUCUUUUAAAUAGUAAUAAUAUUCCUUGUGGUUAUCCAUAUCAUUGUCUCCAAAGC